AUGGAUGCUUGCCAUUUCCUCCUAGGAAGUCCAUGUCAAUAUGAUGUAGACUCAAAGCAUGAUGGGAAGAAAAAUGUCUACAAGUUGACCAAAGAUGGUGUGCAAUACACUAUGACCCCACUACCAGAUGAUGGUAAAGACAAUCAUGAUGUGACUAGUGUCAUGUUAGUAGGUAAGGAGUUUAUGCAGACAAUCAAAGAGAAGGAUACCCCAUGCUUUACCAUAGUGGUGAAGCCAAGAGAAGAAGUGAGGAAGAAAGAAGAAGACAAGGUGCAAGAGAGGACUACAGGUCCAAGAGAGGUGAAAGAGUUGUUGGAAAGAUACAAGGGUGUAGUUGCAGGAAGCAAGCCAGAGACCCUACCACCUUUCAGAUAUGUAAUUCACUGCAUUGACCUCAUACCAAGAUCUACAUUUCCCAACAAAGCAGCAUACAAGUUGACCCCUGAUCAGAAUGAAGAACUUGCAAGGCACAUACAUGAGUUGCUAGAGAAGGUUAAUAAGGAAGAGCAUUAG